AUGCUGUCGGAAGGUUACCUUUACAGAAUCGCCUACCUUUGCGAAGAACUAAACCCUGAGCUCUACAGCAAGAGUUCAGCUGAGCAAGUGGUGUAUGAAAUGAAGUCUGUUCGUUAUUCCACAGAUGAAGCACAAGGAAAAAGCCUCCUUCAGAGAUGCAGAUCUGCUGGCAAGUGCAUUUCCUCAGUUUGCUCUAGAGGUAGCAAGCACAGCAGAAGGCAGAAGGAUAAUCUCCUACAGCCUACACAGCACCCCGUGCCUGAAGGGCAGCCAUCUCCAGCUCUGCACGUCUGCCCGGGGCUGGCAAGAAAAGACACCUACCUGGUUCCAUCUUCCUGCAAAAGCAUUUGCAAGAACUACAACGAUUUGCAUAUAGCCGGGGACUACGUGGUGCCGAUUAGCUCAGUAACGACAGAUUUUACCUGCGACAGCGGCAUAGGUCCCUUCUUGGAGUCCUCAGAGAUUCCUCCUCCCAUGGAGUCCGUGAGGGUCCCCCCCAGCGACACCAGCCGCAAGCCGGUCCAAGGCUACUCCUCAUGCUGGCGGUUGGCAAGCUUAGUGCCCCACCAGCAGCCCCUCUCCGACUCAGCCCUGAACGACUACCUUGAACAGAAGCUGAUGGAACUGUAUAAGCAGUACAUUAUGGAUAGCACAGCAAACAGGGCAUCCCCCACUCAGAUCCUGGCCUCGGAGCUUAUCAUGACUAACGUAGAUCAAAUCAGCAUGCAGAUAUCACGGGAGAGGAAUAUGGAGACCACCAAGGCCAAAGACAUUGUCAUUAGCCGCUUCUUACAAAUAGCCAGUGAAAAAAUAUCCUCAGAAAUUAGCACACCUAGUCUGCAUAUUUCCCAAUAUAGCCACACUAAUGCAUAG